GCGAAGAUGGUGGACCUAUUUCUCGACCAGGUGGAUAUUUGUUUCGAAACAUUUCAAAAACAUCACUCCACUCCACCCCACUCUGUUCCACCGCAUCUUGGAAACGCUUCGAUCUUAUUCACUUCUUCCCAACUGUGCCUUCAUCCCGCCUACGCCUAUCUACAGUGCCUACACCACCAUGAUCAUCAUCAUCUUCACCACCACCACCACCACCAGCAUUGUCCAAAUGCGCACCCCCCUUUUCCACCACCAGUAUCAACGUAUCCUCUUACCUUUGCUCACGUACACAUGCACAUUAUUGCCGUCGCAGCCAUUUCCAAAUCCCUCCCCCCGCAUUCAUAUCUUACGUACGUCCGCUUCCAGAAGUGUAUGCUUACUGUCCACCUCGUGUUCCUCCUGCAAUUAUAUGCGGCCUUGCAGACCCUCUAACGCCAAUCUAUC